AUAAGCCCACAGAAAGAAUUAGAAUUACACGUUGAUAAGUACAAGUGAGAUGGCCCUAACGAUCAGACUGGCCAGAAACGUUCAGUCAUUUGAUAGAUUCACUCGCCUCCUUUGCAUGAGAACAAUGUCGAGCAAAAGUUUUUUGAUUGAUCAACCACGCUAUGCGUUUCUCAAAGAUCUUGGUCUCGAAUCCCAUAACAAAGGCGUUUACAAUGGAAAGUGGUUUGCUAAUGGGGAGAUGACCCAAUCAAUUUCACCUGCCACAGGUGAGGUCAUUGCUGAAGUUGCUCAGGGAAGUGUCGAAGACUACAACACCUGUGUUGUUGAGGCCAGAAAGGCUUGGAGCACCUGGGCAGACAUCCCUGCUCCCAAACGAGGAGAGAUUGUCAGGCAGAUUGGAGUGGCCCUAAGAGAAAAACUUGAACCUCUUGGCAAGCUUGUCUCCAUGGAAAUGGGAAAAAUCCUCCCUGAAGGUGUUGGAGAAGUUCAAGAGUAUGUGGACAUUUGUGACUAUGCAGUUGGCCUUUCAAGAAUGUUUGAAGGUAAAGUGAUUCCAUCAGAGAGGCCAAAUCACACUUUGUUGGAAAUGUGGAAUCCAUUGGGUACUAUUGGGAUAAUUUCGGCAUUCAAUUUCCCCGUUGCUGUAUACGGUUGGAAUAACGCACUCUCUAUGAUCUGUGGCAACACGAUGGUUUGGAAAGGUGCUCCAUCCACCCCAUUAUGCAGUAUUGCCACCACUAAAAUUGUAGCCCAAGUGCUGGAAAAGAACAAUCUUCCGGGUGCUAUUUGCAGUCUAGUCUGCGGUGGAGCUGAUGUUGGCAGCGCAAUGGCCAAUGACCCCAGAUUACCUCUGUUAUCUUUCACCGGCAGCACCCGUGUAGGCAAACAAGUAGCCGUAGCAGUACAGAGCCGAUUCGGCCGCAAUUUACUCGAACUGGGUGGCAACAACGCCAUUUUGGUCGAUGAAAGCGCCUCAGUAGAUCUAGUCGUCAGGGCGGCCCUCUUCGCAUGUGCUGGAACUGCAGGCCAGCGAUGCACCACCACCCGGCGUCUCAUCUUGCACGAAAAGGUGUAUGAGUCUGUUCUGGCCGGCUUGAUCAAAGCCUAUGAACAACUAUUGCCCAAAAUGGGUGAUCCACUAGAGGCCGGUGUCCUUCUGGGUCCUCUGCACAACAAAGUGGCAGUUGAUUCAUUUUCGGCAACCGUCAAAGAAGCCGUAGCACUUGGUGGUCAAGUGGCUUUUGGAGGUCAAGUGAUGACAGAUCGCCCAGGCUUCUUCGUGCAGCCUACAAUCAUCACCGGAUUGAAGCCGAAUGCUUCCGUCGUCAUGAACGAAUGUUUUGCUCCCAUUCUCUACGUGCUCAAAUGCAACGAUAUGGAUGAGGCUAUCGCCAUCAACAACAGUGUUGAUCAGGGUCUCUCGUCCAGCAUGUUUACUCAAAACCUUGGCCAGAUAUUUAAAUGGCUGGGUCCUAAAGGAUCGGAUUGCGGCAUUGUCAAUAUCAACAUCCCAACUAGCGGAGCAGAGAUUGGUGGCGCUUUUGGCGGUGAAAAACACACAGGCGGUGGACGGGAAUCGGGUUCUGAUUCAUGGAAGCAGUACAUGCGCCGCAGCACUUGCACAAUUAAUUACGGCCAAGAUUUGCCGUUAGCUCAAGGCAUCAAAUUCGAAUGAAUUUCUAUUAUUGGAUGCCAAGUGUAAUUGAAUGAAUACUCGCUUUAUUACCACAAAUUGCUACAAAAGUUAUCAUUACGUAAAGCGUUAUCAAAUACAAAAAAUUUAACACAA